ACUCCUCUCCUCUCCCCUACCAUCCCUGCCGCCCUCCCCUCAUUCAUAUACACUACUCCCUCAACACUACUCGCCUCUACUCCUCCUCAGAACUUUCAGCCAUCCUCGAGCCCAAGCCGUACCAAGCCCGGAGCUUCUCACCUGGAACCUCUGGCCAUCAUCGCUCGAUAGUCUCCGCAAUAUGCCUCCCCCUUUGCUCAGCCUGGCCCUUGUGGCUCUCAUCUUAAGCGCCUGCUCUUCAAGCUUCAGUGGUUUCCUCACGGCAUCGGCUUCAUUCGUUCUUGUAUAUCUAUCCCCUCCACGUCCUCGCAAGAAGGUCUCUUUUUCUGACAAGCGCAAUGAGGUGUAUCAAAUCGACAGUUCAGACUCUGGAUUGGACGAUGACGUCGUACCGCCCACUUCUCCGAUCAAAGACGCCCUCGCUCAUGUCAACCCUCUCUGGACCAGUGACGAUCUCCUCGGCAGACUGACAUCAAUCGAAGAGGAAGAUGAUGAGGCCCAGGUCGACUCCAAGCCAUAUUCCAUCUCUGUGGAAGACUAUGUCCCGAUCGCUGCUAUGUCUCUACCUCCGAUGGAGCACAGCUCCAGCUCGUUAGAGAACAAUGUCAUCGAGGCAGUCCGAGAAGAUCACCAAAACCUUACAGACAACAUUGGAAUGUCUCAGAGCACCUCUGCCUUGCCCGUCUCGGAACAGCCCCCUCCUUUGGCCUCAGUCGUUGCGACCUUUGCGGCAGCUACGGUUACGGCAGCGACACAAGUAGCGACUUCAGCCGCCCAGGAGGUAGCUGCUGCCUCUGCCGCCCAAGCUUCUGGCCAAGAUGAAGCCCCUCCCCAAAACGAAGCAAGACGCGAGCAAUCACGCAACGACGGCUUCUUCUCCCUGCUUAGUCUUGCAGCUGCAAUCCACCGUGAUCUCGUGGAGGAAAGAGCCAGAGCUCGUCACAACUUCAUACAGCCCGCGCACCACCUCUACAAUCUUGCCUAUCGUGCUCAACUACGACGAGAGGCUGAAGCGGCUCUCUCGGCCGACAGACUGAUUAAUUUGGCGAGACGCCUAGCGGCGCCGGUCGUCCCUGUACCGACUUUGGUGGUAUCUCCUCCUACUGAGUCUGAGCGUCAAGCACCAGUGCCACCAAAUACUCCCACUUCGGCUACCACUGCUACGACAGUGUGUGGUGCGAGCCACGAGGAGACCGACGUUGACGUCGACGAGGUCGACCAGAGCCUCGAAGAUCUUCAGCCGUUGCGACAGGACGAUACAGAGCUCGACACUAGCAAUGUUGAUCUGUUCAGCUUGCCCAUCUCACGAGUCGAAGGACACAUGGACCGACGAUUGAGCAUCUUCUCAUGUGCCAGCAUGCCGGCAAGACGCGCCCCGCCUACUUUUGCACCACUGAGUCGAGUCGCCUCUGAUCCUCUACCGAUGAGGUCAACAACGGAAGAGGACGUGCCUAUCAGUUCCGCUGAGUCGCUCGCUGAGACCCGAGCGCCGUACGACAAUGGCGUCGGUCUCCGAACACCGGUGUCACCGCGACGAGUCGGGCAACGUAUCCUCCCCAUCCAUCGACCUUGGGCUUCCGCCUCAUCCCCGGCUCUGAUCCCACCUUUCACUCCCAGCGACACGGCUCUGCAGUCCGGUGCUUCUCUUCCAAACCAGCGGCCCAUCUCCCUAGUGCACAAGCGCUCAUUCAGCGAUAGUCACUACAACUAUGUCAUGGCUCAUCACCCAGACCAUGUCGCCAGUCUGGACAGUCCGCCCCUUCCGCGAUGCUCCACUCCUCCUCGUGCGCACUACAGAGAUCAGUCUCGAAGUGCACCGGUUAGCAGGAGAAGUACCGCCGAUAGCUCCAGCCGUGCCGAGCACACUGUCAGUGGAUCUGGAGCUGCAAGGAGCGCAAGCGCACUGGGCCUCACGACGACGACUCCGUCGAACUUUUCAGCUACUUUCCUCUCUACACCUCUCGAAGAGCUGGAGAGCCAGAUCAAUAGCGCCCUCUCGGAUGAAUCUUUUGAUGAGAGCUUGAGGCUGGCGGGCUACAGCUGGGGGAUUGGGACGAUUCCCUUUCUCACUGGGAGAGACGGGACGCCUGGGCCGGCUCAGGCUGAAGCUGCUGGCGACGGCAAUGACAUCAACAGCGGUAUGAUGCACUCAAGCGCACUAGGCUCACAAGCGUUCAGCGACUCCCCUCCUCUCCCUUCAAGCCCGACCGCCACCCUCAUUGCCAGCUCAGCCUCUCUCGUCCAGCAGACUGAUCCUGACUUCACGCCUCGCAUCGGUUCCGCCUGCGGUUCGUCAGAUAGCGGCAGCUCCGCAAGUACUACUAGGCCCCCUCGUCCCUCACCCCUCUUCAGUGAGGUCCUCGAAUGUCUUGGCUUGCCUGUAGAGGGUACAGGGGACUCGGGUAGACUGGGAGAGAGACAGCGCACACUUAUACCUGGAUCUCAGCUCGGAAAUCAGUCUGGAGACGUAGCUCAGCACGAAGAGGAGCAGCAAUGCGAUUUAGAUUUGACUUCUGAUCUUCCCGUUGCUCUUGAGCAGAGCACUCCUCUUCUCAGAUCCUCCUCCUCCUUCUCCUCUCCAACUCAAAGCGACAACCAAACCGGCAAGCAAAAGCAAAAGGAGGGGCUGGCCCUCUUCUCCCUGUCCCUCCCGCGCGAAGGGGAGGAUGAGAUGGUCACUACACCGCUCCCGCCUCCUCCUGCGCUUGGAAGGGCACAGAGGGCGCGCGUUGACUCGGGCUGCUCCAAGGUGACGGCGAUCACGAACGCGGACGCGGACGCGGACGCGAAUCUGAUUGGGUUGGGCAUCGUUAUCGGGAGGGAGGUUGAGGCAGCGCAGGAUUGCAAGGCAGGUGAGGAGAUGACGGAAUUGAGAGGAGAGUGUGAGGGGAUCCCUCCUCAGGGAAGCUGCUGAUCCAGCCCCUCAGGACUGCUCGUAGCGGUGCACUGCAACCCCCUGGUAUGAGAUGUAUCUACCCCAUCUUGACGCUACCUUAUUUGAUCAUGUCCGUAGAUGUCUACAUCGACUACCACUCUGCAGAAGUCGUUGAAGGCUAACUCACACUGUCACGCCAGCGCCCAGCUAGUAGUGCUGCUGAUCAUCUAUAUCCAGACCCAGAUCCAGAUCCAUGGAAUGUCAUGUCAUGUACCAUACACUACUUUUCGUGUGACUGUGA